AUCGCGAAAUACGACUGAGAUCAAGACGCUGGGAAGAGAAUGAUGAUAUAAGGCCGGGCUGGUCUCGAGAUGGACUUCUUUAUAAAAGCGCUGGCAACGCACCUGGUGCGCAGUUACAGCGGACGGUAUCACACUAUCAGUCCUCUUGAGCCAUCAAGCUAAGUACCGUCGCCACUUACACGACCUGCACCACUAGAUUUCGAGAUGGUGUCAGGAAAUUAUGUUCCCGGCAGCGUCUACUUCUACGCCCCUAACAAAGGCGCUCCGGUCUUCUUCGCGUUGGCGUUUGCACUUUCUGGUUCCUACCACGCCUACCAAUGCGUUCGCUACAAGAGUUGGCGCCUAACGGGACUCUAUGUUUUCUGCGCCAUUCUCUUCACCGUGGGCUUCAUCAUCCGCGAGAUGGGUGCAUUCGACUACGAAGACCUGAUCAAGUACAUCGUCAGCAUUUGCCUGAUUUAUGCAGCGCCCCCUCUCCUCGAACUAGGAAACUACCACAUCUUUGGGCGCAUCCUCUACUACGCCCCAUACCAUUUACCCAUCCACCCGGGGCGUGUCCUUACAACCUUUGCCUUUGUUUCAUUCAUCAUUGAAGUCCUCAACGGAAACGGCGUGGCCUACAGCGUCAAUCAAUCCCUGAGCGCCUCGCAGCAAGCAACGGGUCGCGCCCUGCUCAAAGCCGCGCUGCUCAUCCAGCUCGGCGUGAUCGCCCUCUUCCUGCUGCUGGCCGCGACCUUCCACCGCCGGUGCCUGCGCGGAGGGCUACGGAACCAAAACCUCCUCUCGGCGCUAUACACGCUGUAUGCGUCGACGGCGCUGCUGACGGUCCGAACCGUGUUCCGCGUGGCAGAGUACUGGAGCAUCGCGCAGCACGACUUCUGGUCGCCGCACGGCAUCGAUCCGAAUUCGCUGAGCCCGGCGAUCCGAUACGAGUGGUUCUUCUGGGUGUUCGAGUCCAGCCUGAUGCUGGUCAACCACCUGCUGCUGAACGUGCGCCAUCCGCGGCGGUACCUGCCCAAGAGUUCCAAGACGUAUCUCGCGCUCGAUGGCGUGACGGAGGUGCAAGGGCCUGGGUACAAGGAUGGCAGGUCGUUUUGGCUGACGCUGGUUGACCCGUUUGAUUUAUGGGGUCUGUAUAAGGGGAGAGACAAUGAGGCGAGGUUCUGGGAGCAGGCUAGCGAAGGGGGUGGGAAAGGGCCCAAUGCGGGGAGGGGAGAUGUUGAGGCACAAUGAAACCUCACAUCUGAGUGAUUUGCGUUAUGAUGAGAGAGUAUGGUAGUCAGAAUGUCGAAUGUCUUUGGAUGCUUGUCUCACUUAUCGCCUUACUGUUAGAAAUCAAGUUGUGUAAGAAUUGUGAUGUACACAGGCAGUUUGGCCAAGAGAA